AUGUCAACCGGUCGCCAAGUGGAGGUGGUGUUCAUCGAAAUCAGCGAAUUGUGCUGCGCUACCAAGGUGAACGAUAAACAAAUUAUCUUCUGUAAUAAGUUCCAGCGAGUCGAGCCUCCGGUGGCUCGGCCAGUUCCUCGUCGUUUGUCAACCGGAUCGGAAGGUUGUUUUCGGAUAGUGGCAGCCGUCGCGGUCGAUAGUACCCAUCUAUUGGAUUAUUUGCUGAUUGAUGACCCAACUUUAGCCUCAGCUCAGCUCCAAAGUUGCUUGAAGCGUGGCGCAAGUGGCGACUCGGAGGCCGCUAGUGAGUGCGUGACCGGGACCAUUCCGCCAUCAGUGGACCAAAUUGGUCGGCUAGGCGUGCGGACAACUCUUCCGGGGGUCAGUGGUGGUGACAGUGAACCGGCCGUGAUCUGGACCAACUCAGUGAGGGAAGGAUUGGGUAACAGUCAGGUCCAUCUGAUACUAGCUGGAAAGGCCGCCUCUGGCACUGGUGAAUCGAGCGAUUUUGUCAAAACUCUUCGGGAAAAGACCAGGCGAUCUGCAUCGGGAAGUGAUUACUUCGAACGGUUUUGUGUCAAGUGUCGGAUCUAUCUGCUGGAAAACUUUCAAAAGUUUCAGAACAACUUCACCAUUAUGUCUAGGUUGGGCGGCAAAGACUGUGCCCCAAGCAUAGGUGCACGCCAUCUUGGUGAGGGAGGUGGCGGCGGCGGUGGUAGUUUAGAUCGAAAGAAACCUUUUUCGCGGCCUUUCAACAAGUCUCGUCUGGAAGUUCCUCCAUCUUCGUCUGGAGGGGUAGCCGCAUCUGGAGGCGCCGGCGCUAAUCAUAGGAUGUCCAGUCCAUCUCCAUCGGAUACCAACGCUUUGAUAAGACAAAACAAUGAGCUACGCCAUCGUUUACAGGAGGAGGCCAACAGCUACCGUAGACGGUUGGAAACCUACAAGCAAGCUCAAAACAAUCAAGCUGCUCUGGUUAGCCGCCUCCAAGCGAAAGUACUUCAGUACAAGCAACGCUGCUCGGAGUUGGAGCAAACUCCACCCCCGAGUGUAUGUCCCAACAACUAUUCCACCAGAGAGCCAUCACCCGGUCGCCAUCGGGGCUCCACUGGUACGGUCUGUCCGGGCCCUAGCUCUUCCGGCCCGACUUGUGGAGUAACAGGAGUAGGCGGUUCGGCACCGCUUAGCCUGCCACCUUGUCCUAUCGCUCGCGAACGCUCACGAUCCCGGUCUCGUUCGCAAUCGCCCUGUCGCAAGUACGCCGAGGGCAGCCACGAUCAAAUCCGUCAUCAGCUCGACGAGGAACGUCGACGCUGUGAAAAACUUAUGGUCGAGAACUCCUGUCUGCGUCAGCAGCUUGAGGAGUCCCAACGAACCAACGAUUCAUUGACGAAUGAUCUCCAGAAGCUUACCAGUGAUUGGGAAAGCUUGCGGGAUGAACUACUCAGUAAGGAGGACGAAUGGAAGGAAGAAGAACAGGCAUUCAACGAUUAUUACAACAACGAGCACACGCGGCUGCUGAAAAUGUGGCGCGAAGUGGUCAACGUUAAGCGGAUGUUCAAGGAGAUGUCAUCGACCACCAAGAUGGAGUUGGGCCGAAUGCACUUGGAGCUUACCGGAACCGGGCGCGAGGUGGCCGGUGCUUGCAGUGGUGUCUCCGUCAACCUCAGGCAAACAUCUAAAAUUGAGGAAGCGCAACAGAUGCACAUCGAACGGGAGAACAUGGAUCUGAAAUCCCAGCUCGGUGAUCUGAGGAUGCAGUAUGAGAAUGCCAAGCUGGAGAUUUCCCAGAGAGAUCAGCGGGCACAACAAAUGGUCCAGGAGCUGAAAAUGAUGGAAGAACGUUACAUUCAGGCUGAAAGUCAGGUGGGCCAUACUCAGCGCCUCAACGACGAAAUGGAAAGACUUCAGGGAGCCCUGAGGGAUAUUGCUCACGCUGUGGUCCAAGAUGCGGAAACUACGGCUACAGCAGAAGCAGAAACCUCUACCCAUCAUUUGCAUCUGUCACAAUCAAGUGGACUUCCGGCACCUCCCCGGUCUCCUAAGCGUGGUCCGGUGCGUACAUCACAGGCCUUCGCCGAAGGUACCAUCUCAGCAGUUCAGGCUGCUCUGCACAAGUACCAGCUGGCCAUUCACGAUUUGCAGGUCAAGUUGCAGACCAAUAGCGAUGCUCUCUCGGCUACCCGUAAGCAGUACGACAACUGUGAACACACUAGAGAUGUUUUGAGCAGCAAGGUGGCUGAGUUGACGGAAAAACUGGACUCUGCCAAUCAUCAGUUGUCGGAGCUGUUCAAAGAACGGGACAGCCUACAGAAAACGUUGGAUGGGCUACGCACCGAUAAGCACUCCGUCGAGAGGGGAAAAGCUGAACUGAAUUCAAUUGUCGAUUGUCUGAAUACCGAUUACGAGAAACUGCAAAAUGUCAAUAGUAAGUUGCAGAAAAUGUAUGACAAUCUGGAAGAGGAGAAGAAGAUGCUUGAAAGUGAACUGCAACGAGUUCAAAAAGACAAGGAUAUUCAAGAAAUGAAUUUAAGAGCGGAAGAAGAACGGUCCAGCCGGCUGCGAGAGGAAACUAUAACCCUACGGGAGGAACUGAACAAGUUGUACCUGUCACGGGAUCUGUUAGAACAGCAGCGUAUCGAAUCCGACGGGUUGCUCAACAUGAUAGAGAAACAGAAGAUCGAUCUGGAGUUUGAACUGGAACGGAUUGUCAACGAAAAAGACGGUCUGAACAUGACGCUGGAAAAGAAAAGUUGUUCCAACGAACAUUUGGAGGUGGAAAUAAAACAGCUCAAGGGAACCAUUGCUCAGCUGGAGGACGAGCGGAACAAACUCAAGAACCAGGUUUCCGAUCAAGGAGUGGAUUUGGCAGCUCUGAAGAAGGAACUUAUUUCCGCCGAGCAAGCCCGGCUGGAUUUGGAUUCCGAAAAACUAACCAUCAGUGAACGGUUGAAAUGUCUGGAAAUGGAGAAGGACAAGAUCGAACAGGAGCUCAGCUGCGUGGCCCGUGAAAGAAAUGAUCUGAGCAACCAGCUGGCAAUGAUUUCUCGCAAGAAGGAAACUAUCGGGGAGGAAGUAAUGCGGCUGAGACAGAGGUUGGAGCAGGCCAAUGAAAUGAACGCUCGGUUGAACCGGAAUCUAGAGGAGCUUGUGAAAGAAAGCGAAGAAAAGGCUGUCAUUAUCGAAGGACAUGAGAAGGAGCUGCAAAGACUUCAGGAGCAACUUGCAUCGCUCCGCAGCGAAAAGGAAUCCUUGGAGGCAGUUCUUUUCGAUACCAACACAUCGCUGGAGGAAGCCGAGGCCAAAAAAGAUGCGCUCGAGCGAGAGAAUCAGGAUUUGCUCAUCAAACAAGAGUCCCACAAAGCGCUUAUUGGACGGCUCCAGAAGGACCUGGAAAAUUCCGAGCGACGCGCACAGGACAUCAAAAUUCAGCUCACCAAUGCCGCUGCCAACCAGGAGGCAGAAUUCUUGCAGAAACUUAACAAUUUGCGAACCUUUGGCGAAGAGAAUAUUAAAAAAUUAAACGAAGAAAAAGAAAACAUUCGAAAUUCGUUGGAAAAACGAAUGAGUCAGGCGUUGCAGGCGCUUGAGAAUACCAAAGACACGGAAAUUCAAAACCUGAAGGAACAAAUCGAGGCGCUCCAGAUGCACCUGGAGGCACUCAACCAACAACAUGAAGAAAUAAUUCUUCGCGCAGAAAACGAAAAGCAACAGGCCCUGUUGAUUGCGCACCGGGACAAACAAGCAGUCAUAGAGAAGCUAGACCACGUGACACGGGAGCUGAAGAACGAACUGGAAAAUAGCGAUCGUCUCAAGCGGGAAAUGGCCGCCCGACAGGAUAAGGAUCGCACCACAAUCGGUUGUCUGCGGGAUGAAAUUGCCAAGAUGCGCACAAAAAUGGAAGAAGCUCGAAUCCGUGCUGAAGAAGAGCUCAAUCGAUUGGAGGUGCUCCAAGGUGCUUUGCGAGAAGAGAAAGAUACUGCCUUGAAAGAAAUCGAAGAACUCAAGGUGCAGGUGCGUUUGUCCGAAGAUCGUUGCGAUUCUAUAAAUCUACAGUUGCAAGAUUCUCUGAGAAAAUUAAAGGAAGCUGACAAUUGCAUUGAUGCAACCAGAAAGGAGUUGACUGAUACCCGUCGCACUUUAGCUGAUAGUAACAUUGAACGGGACAAAUAUGCCAACAGCAACAAGGAGCUGAGGGACCACGUGAAACGAGUCGAAGGCCAACGUAGGGAGCAAGCUAGAUCUAUGGAUGAUGCUUUGCAAAAGAUUGCAGGUCUUGAAGAAUCACGCAACCUAUUGGAACAGGAGAAGGUUCGCUUGCAAACCAUUCUAAAGGAAACCGAAAAUAACGUAACCAAAUUGAAUUCGGAGCUAUCGACUGCCCAAACCAGCAUGCAACAGUUACAGUCGCAAUCAACUCAAAACGACGCAGCAGAGAAAGAACUGCAGGCCAGACUCACCAACGAAUCUGAGGAAAAGGAACGCAUCCUACAGGAACUACAUCAGAUCAAGAAACAGAUGUCUGAUCUGGAGGGAACGUUGUGUGCCACCCGACAAGAACUGGGUCGCGCCCGCUGCAAGGCUAAUCAGGAUGAACAUCGGUUCCAUCAGCGUGAGCAGGAGCUGUGCGCUCGCAUGGAAGAUGGGCGAGGACGCGAGAAACGACUCGAAGAUCAGAAACAUAAUUUGGAAGUAUGCCUUGCAGAUGCAACGCAACAAAUUCAGGAACUCAAAGCACGACUGGGCGGUUCCGAAGGUCGAGUACGUGCUUUAGACGAACAACUGGUACAUCUAGAGAGCAUGAAGAAGGAAACAGAAAAUAAAUUGAGUUCGAUAGGGCACACUUUGCGCCGAAUCGCCGGAAUUCAGAUGGAUGGCUCGGUCAGUUUGCCUUACAGGUUGCUGAGUCCAUCGAGAAGAUACAGUCCUGCAAGGGGACGCAGCGAGAGAGACGACUUCCAUCAUCACCACCAUCAUCAUCAUGAGACGCGUAGCCUAUCUGGGGACAACGCGAUCAUCGAUGUAGAUCCGGAAAUGGUCCGAAAGGGAGUGCGUCUUCUUAUGCAACAGGUAGCUCAGAUUGAGCGUGAACGCGACGAUUUUAAGAUGCAACUGUGCUCAGCCAAAAAGCAACUCCAUGAAGGUGGUGACAACCAGAUGCGCCUGGAAGCGAAAAUCUGCAAGAUGCAACAGCACAAUCGUGCGAUCCAUGAGGACAAAACCAAUUUGGAAGCAAAAUUGGCACAAAAGACUAGCGCAUUACAGUCGACAGAGGAGAACUUGAAGCAAAAAACUGACGAGCUGAACAUCACAAGGGAGAAGGCGAACCAUCUGGAGCAAUCUUUGGGAACAACUACUGAAGAAAAGGGUCAACUCGAAGAGCGGUUGGAAAAAUGCAGACAGGCGGUGUGUAGAUUGGAGUCUGACAAACGCCACUUACAGGAUGAGUUGACAAGAACUGAGGGGAGAGCAUCGAAACUUGAUUUACAGCGUGUCGCAUUGGAAGGAGAUAUUCAACGUCUACAAAUGGCAAUGCAAGAAAAAGAUUGCACCAUACGUAAUCUCAAGGAACGAUUGGAAAAUAAUCAACGAUCGAUUACGCAACUUGAAGAUCGUUGCUCGGCCCUAAAGAGCACUGUUGAUCAGUUGAAGGAACGAUUGCAGGCAGCAGCAAUUACCGAAACGGAACUACGAGGCGAGAUUGCUGGUCUGCAACGACACAACGCUGACCAGGCGCACACAUUUGCCCUGGGUCAGGACAAACUGAAACAGGUCCAAAAGUCGUUGACUACCAGCGAAAAUGAACGCAGAGUACUUUCUGAACGACUAGAUGCUGCUCAGCAUACAAUGAACGAGCUAAGACGCAACCAACAGGCAGCACAGGAUCAAACGCAGCGCCUACAGGAGCAGAUCGCUGAAUGUGAGGUGCAAAAGUCGGCUCUCGAGUCCCAGCUACGCUUGGCCAAGUGGAAUCAGGAAAAUGCCGAGCAGUUUGGAGGUGGAACCGGGGGCGAUCAGGAUCUCGCCCGUCAGUUGGUCAACUCACAACGAGAUCGCAACGAGUUGAGAAAUAAGGUCGAAGCUCUCAACGAAAAGGUUCGCCACAUGGAGAAUGAAAAACGCGGUUUAGAGAGGGGCAGUAGCAAAUUUUCCAGCCAGGUUCCAUUCGAUAGAUCUGAAAAGGAGCGGUAUGCUGGAGACGUUACGGGUGAAAUGGACUCAAACCGAUUGGAUACCAGUGGCAACUAUGGCGCUGGUAUUUCCAAUACUCUUAAAAGUAAUAAAUCGAGCUGUGGGCUGGAUCACGCUCAAAUCGAACAGGAAAGCCGAGAGUUGCGCAUCAAGGUUCGUCGCUUGGAAACCCUCCUUGCCGAAAAAGAAGCCGAAUUGGCCCGAGCAAAAACUAAAAUGCUAGAAUCGCCAGCCAAAUCGAUGGGUGGUGGUUCAUCGGUAGAUGUCGAGAGGUAUCGCAGCGCUCAAUUGCAGGCAGAACGAUUGCUUGACGCUCGGGAGCAAUCACACCGGCAGCAUGUUCUGCGCCUGGAGAACCAAAUUUCUAUGCUCCGGGAGCAACUGGCCCAGGAAGCCAAACGAAGACAGAUGUAUAUUUUACGAAGCUCCCGAGCGGGACGAGAAAUGCAACAACUCCGGCAAACGUUGGGCGACUCGCUGCGGAACGUGGCUCAAGAUCCGCUCGAUUCAACGCUCUUGGAAAGUGAAUCGCGAAGAUUGGACAGUGCAGUAUCUUUGAGCUUGCCUCCAACGACGAACUCGAGACGUGAUUGUGACCGGAGUUUGAGCCCAACGACGUAUCGUUAAGUGCCUAAAUCGGAUAAUGGUAAGAUUUCGUGAUUUAAACUAUUGGAACUUGAAUAUUAUUUCCAAGCGUAUCUAAAAAAUGUGGGAACAAUAGCAAACUUAUUCGAAAUAAUUCACUGCCGAAAAAAGGGUACCGACAUGAGAAAGCAAAAACUUUUACCUACAUGCUGAUCAAUUUAAAGAAACCAGUUUAAUUGAGAAAAAAAUGUUAGUAGGUAGUUUUUUUCUUUAUGUACCUACAUUUUUUCGAUGGUUUUAAAAAUGCUUACAUAUGUGUUCGUAUACCGUGUAUUAUAACAGGUGUAAUCAUUUUACCGGGUUCAUAUCCUUUUAAAGGCAAUGGUAGUAUUUGAUAUCUAUUUUUUACUUUAUAAUCCAUGAAAAACGAGAUUUAAUCCUUACACAUCGAACGAAAUCUAGUCUCUUAGCAAAAAACAUUGGAAUGCUUGUUCAUAAUAACAACCGUUAAAAUCAAAUUUGGAUGUACGUCAAUUUAGCAAUAAGUACGAUUCUUCAUAUCUCAAUCAAAAUCUGGUGUUAAUCUAAUUUUUUAAAUAAUUGUUUAAACACGUUUUCGUUUGAAUUAAAACUGCUCGAAUUGAAAAAAAUAUAUGAAAAAUCGAGCAACUUAAAAGCGCGUUUUCACGAUACUAUCAUUUGGGCAUUUACACUUCUCUGAUCCUAAGCGCCUCAAUUGUUUGACGCCGAAAGUUUUGUACUAAUUUUUUGUUGAAAAUCUUAGAUUCAUUCUAUUAGACUCCGGAACAUGAGAAAAAUUUCAUUAAUUCAGAAAGUUCUCAAGAUUUCCGACGAGUUUGGAAUAUCAUCUAGUGUAGAGCUUACUCGAAAAAUUGAAACCGUAGGGAUAACGAUAACCCAAAAAAAAAUUAACUCGAAAUACCUAAUCAAACAUAAAACCAAAAGUUUGUUCAUCAAAACAAACUUAUUUGUUGAUUGAUGAAAUAAAUUUACUCAAACAUCGAUUUUAAAAUAAAAAUUUAUACCGACAACGAACACAACUAAUAUACUUAAACAAAAUCUGCAACUAAACGCUUACCUACCAACAAUCAGCAAUCAUCGAAUACAAUCAAAGCGCGCACAAAACAUUUUUAGAUCACUCCUAGCCCUCCUUUGGCCCAGUCCAAAGGAAGACGUGUAGAAUAAAUAGAAGCAAUCCAAAAUCAUCCAUCAGAAACUGCUCGCACCCCAUAAACUAAAAUAUUCAUUCAUUCACCGAAACGACACUUUAUUCUCGAAAUUACUCAAUUAGUAGAUUCAACCCGAAUAACUGCAACAUACGAGAGAGUUAUUCGGAUAAUAUUAGGAAAAAAUCAGAGUGACUCCGUCUAUUCUUUGCGAAGAAUAAAUCAAUUGGGAUUGACCGGAGUCCUACUAUAACCAAAAAUUUCAACUAAUGCUUUUUGUAACGAGUAGCAUCACGAAAGAUAGUCAUUAAGCUUAAAGUCUAUGUAGAAACGUGAAUUACGGGUUUUGUUUGAAAAAAGUUACGAAUAACUGCGAAUAUUUUGAAUAUUUAACAUUUGGUAGGGUGAGGUAGGGUUUUUUGUUUCUACAGUGCCUGUUUAGCUUAAUUUUCCAACUUAAGCUGAUCUGGAAAUUGAAACCUAACCGAAAUAUCUUUAUUUGCGAAUGAGACUUCUCACUACCAAACUGCAAUCGUGAAAUAAAUUAAGCUGUAUUCCGAAGA